AUGCAGAUGACCAGCUUCACCGCCAUCCUGGCCUUGGCCAUGUCCGUUGCCGCCGUCGCCCCCGUUGCCGAGAAGACCAACAUGGGCCUCAGCCACUCCGCCGCCCUCGGUGGCGCCAAGGAGCAGUGCACCUCCGGCGACCUUGCCUGCUGUGACUCCAAGGAGACCAUCUCCGGUGACGGUAUCCUCGGUAACCUCCUCGCCAAGGGCGCCCUGAACGGCCUCCUCGGCAACGACGAUGCCGCUUGCGCUAAGACCAGCGCUCUCGACGACCUCAACGUCCUGGCCCAGACCAAGGACACCAACGAGGGUCCCUCUUGCAAGAACAUCAUUGCUUGCUGCCCCGAGGGCUCCGGCAAGUGUACUGCCAUCGACUCCUAA